AAGCUAUAGGGUUCUGACAAAAACAAAACGUAUAUAUUUUAGUGGGGUUUUAUAAUUAUUAUUACUAUUAUUAUUAUUUUAUUUAUUAUUAUUGUUAUUAUUUUGGUUUGUUAGAACUAUUUAUAAAAUCAUAUUUGUAAGGCACGCCCGGCGCUGGAUCCGCCACUCUUACAUGAGGAAAAUACAACAACAAAAAACAAAACAAAAAGAAAGAAGAAGAAAGAAUUAAUUCAUAAAGAAACAUAUCAGCAUGAAAGCAUUUAUGUACAAUACCUUCUAUUAUUUACAAAAGUGUUGUUUAUCUUCCACCCUUUCCUUUUUGCGUCAUUACUUGGGUUACCUGCCCCUUUGUAGAGAGGGAAUGGGAAGGAAUAUGGCGGCGAGACGAUAUGAAAUACAACUGUCCUCUUAACUUUGAUUUAAUCGCCAGAAUACAAAUACCGGUCUUGAUUUCAAGGGCCUGGACCUUUCCAUUUGGGAAAAAUAGGAACGUUUCAUUUGCAUGAAAUUUGGGAAAAUGUCCCAUACAAAGAAGUAGGUAGAAAACCAAUCUGGAGUGCAUUAAGCUAGCAGUGACCAUGCACCUUUGCAGCAAAUGCAGUCCAGCCCAGAGAACAGGUCCUACUUAUUCAAUUAAUAAGACGUUUGAAUCCAUAUAGAUGUCAUUCAAACAGUCGGAAAUCACUCUUGCCCCAAUCACGAGACCGGGAAUAUUGUGUGCUUCACAAACAAUCUGAACAAAAGAUAGAGAUCAGAAAUGACAAGCACUAGCAAGCUGCUCGUUGCAGCCAUUGACUUUGGUACCACAUACAGUGGGUAUGCCUUCUCAUUCAAGCAUGAAUAUGAAAGUGAUCCUUUGAAAGUGUGUUCCAACAACUGGACAGCAGGAUCUAGAAGUUUAGUUUCCUUAAAGACACCUACAUGUGUUCUGUUCAAUAAAGACAAAAAGUUUGAUUCCUUCGGUUAUGAAGCGGAAGAUAAAUAUUCAGAACUGGCUGAGGAUGAUGAGCAUGGGGAAUGGUACUUCUUCAAGAGGUUCAAAAUGUCACUGUUUAACAAAGAGGUACCACUUGCAAGGACAGUGAAAAUAAAAUCCAUCGAUGGUAAGGAAAUGGUGGCACUGGAUGUAUUCUCGGCAGCCAUUGAAUUUUUGAAAGGUCACCUACUACACACUCUAGACAACCGAGCAACAGGAGUGAAAAAUACCGACAUACAAUGGGUUCUGACUGUUCCUGCCAUAUGGGAUGAUGCUGCUAAGCAGUUCAUGAGAGAGGCAGCAGAAAAGGCUGGAAUACCAGGAGAUCAGUUAAUUACUGCCCUUGAACCGGAGGCAGCCUCCCUGUAUUGUAAACACCUCCCUGUGGAGAGACUAAAAUGUGACGGAGGAGGCCAAGGAUUCGGGGCGUUCUCAUAUGGCAGCAAAUACCUUGUCCUUGAUUGUGGAGGAGGGACAGUAGACAUCACAGUUCAUGAAGUACAACCAAAUUUUAACCUGAAGGAACUGUACAAAGCCAGCGGCGGGGCCUGGGGAGGUACGCAGGUGGAUGAAGCCUACAAACAACUGCUGAUUAAAAUUGUAGGAGCCCCCAUCAUUACAGAGUUUUCCAAAUCACAUACAGCUGAUUAUGUGGACAUGUUCAGGGAAUUUGAAACUAAAAAGCGAGCUAUUACCGGUGAAACCAAGGGAAAGGUCACCAUCAAAAUCCCCAUUUCUCUAGUGGAAACUUUUGAGGAGGACACAGGGGAGGACAUUAAAGAAACAAUCGAGAAUACAAAAUUUUCAGGUAAAAUUACAUGGGUAGGAGACAAAUGUCGCAUCACUGCAGAAGUGAUCAAAAGCUUGUUUGAAGUGGCUGGUGAUCAGAUAGUUCAACAUGUUAAAGACUUGUUUACAAAAUCAGAGAUCUCUGGCACCAAUAAUAUCAUCAUGGUUGGAGGGUUUUCUGAGUCCCCAAUUUUACAGCACAUGAUCAAGCAAGCCUUCCCCAAUGCUAGAGUAAUUAUUCCCCCUGAAGCUGGAUUAGCAGUCCUCAAGGGGGCAGUGUUAUUUGGACACAAACCUGCCACUAUAGAUUCUCGUGUUGCCAAAUUUACUUAUGGGGUAGCCACCACAAUCAGUUUUAACCCAAGUAUUCAUCCAGCAGAGAAGAAAAAGAAAUAUGGAAACCAGAUUAAGUGUAUGGAUAUUUUUUCAAAGCAUGUUGAGAAAGGUCAGACCCUGAAGGUCGGUGAGGCUCAGAGUGACAAUACUUACACACCAGUAGAGGAUAGUCAGACGUCCAUGUGCUUUCAAAUAUACACUUCAACCGAACUAAAUCCGGCCUACAUUACUGAUCCAGGCUGCCAAAAAAUUGGUCAAAUGGAGGUGGACAUGCCCGAUACUUCUGGCGGCCGCAAUAGAAGUGUGACCUGUGAAAUGAUUUUUGGUGGUACCGAACUGGAAGUCAAAGCGACAAUUCAAAAAACAGGAAAAGUCACCAAAGCCAAAUUCAAUUUCCUAGGUUAAACUUUGUUAAAACCAAAUACUUUGUUUAAUUACAAGAUGGUCAUACAUGCCCACAAGUAAUAUUUUUGACAUCAUUUCAAUGUGGUCCUUAGUAAAUCAUAUUCAUCCUAAUUCUAAAUUCUCAUUCUGUGUAACUCAGAUUGUUCUUAUAGACAUCAUAUUGAUGAUGAGGAGUAACUGAAGUCAUAAUUUUCAAAUGUGCGGGUGAUGUUAAAAGUGGAAGUUUUGUAAGUUCUUCUAUAAGUGCUGUAUUGAUUUUUUAUGACAUCUUUCUGUGAUAUACUCUCAAAACCUUAUCAAUAAAUUCAUGUUCUUAUAUUGA